GAAGCUGCAGGUGUAGACCAAGUGGAUAUGACUUGGGAUGAAUUUAAAGCAAAGUUAAAGGCUAGGUUUAUACCGUCGCAUAUUCGAAAAGCGAAGAAGCAAGAAUUGCUGGACUUAAAGCAGGGCUCGAUGUCAGUUGAGGAUUAUUUUGUGAAGUUUAAUGAGUUGGAGAUGUAUGUUCCUGACUACUUUUCCUGUGAGCGAGACAGAAUUGACCAUUUUGUAGACGGGUUGCAACACAGAAUUCAAGAAGCUUUAGCGGUGUUGGAUAUCAGUUCAUUGUAUGAGGCUUACGAGCGUGCUGCCCGAUUUUAUCAGAAGCAGGAAGUCAGACAAAAGGAGAGUGAGAAGGAAAUAGGUUAUCAACAUCAGGUUCGAGAUAAGGGAAAAGCUAAAGUGGAGGAUGAGCCCAAGGGUAAAAAGAAAUGGUGGCAAAUGUUCAGGUCUGGGCCAUCGUAUAAGGGGAUUUCGAUUAAUGAACCGAGUCAGGAGAGGUCUCAGCAAUCGGGGGCUGUUUGUCGGCGUUGUGGAACAAGCCACCCAGGUACUCGUUGUGAUAAAGUUCCAUUGACAUGUUUUAAAUGUGGUGGUAGUGGUCACAUUGCCAGGUUAUGUCCAAGUGUGGUAACUGCAAGGGAGUUUCCAGAACCGAGGUUUAGGCCAUGGCAGCCGCCGUCUUCGCAGUCACAAGGGAAAGGAUUAGGAUCAUCUUGGCGAGGGGGACGAAGUCAGUCACGUUCGUCAUCUAGGCAGCCAGGCAGAGGACCUGACCAGCGUGGACGAAUAAAUGUUCUUACCCAAGCAGAAGCUGAUUAUCAUCCAGGUGAGGUUUUAACGGGUAGAUUUCUGGUUUGCGGUUUUCCUGCUCUUGUGUUAUUCGAUUCGGGUGCAACGUUCUCGUUCAUAUCUAAGCGUCUAGUUAGACGAUUGGGUCUGAAUUCAUCAGUAGAAGUGGUAGUGGAAGUUUUACUUCCAUCAGGAGAAGUGCUGGAAUGCCGAGAGCUUUUUAUGCAGAUUCCGGUUAGUAUUGAAGGGGUUGAUUUUGUUACUAACUUGUUGGGCAUCAAGCUAUCCGAGUUCGAUGUAAUAUUGGGGAUGGAUUGGUUAGUGGCAUAUCAAGCUCAAUUUGAUUGUCGAAAAAGAUCAAUUUCGCUGGUUGGAGCGAUGGGCGAACAGGUGAAUUAUGCAGGAUCUGCCAGACAACCUUCUAUGAAGGUACGCAUGGCACCUCCGGGACAGGGGACGUCUCGGGAGAUAGAAAGACGGGUUGAAUGAGUGAACUGCAUCUGAUGUAUUAUAUGUAAAUUCUA